CCGCUACCCCGCCGCCUUUGAUGACGGGGUCAGGGUGCUCAGGUGGAUCGCCAAGCAGGCCAAUCUCGCCAUGAUGAGCAAGGUUGGGGGCGGGGUGGACACGUUCGGCGCCUCCACCGUCGAGCCAUGGAUCGCUGCGCAUGGCGAUCCGGCAAGAUGUGUCCUACUUGGUGUAAGCUGUGGUGCCAACAUUGCUGAUUUUGUCACUAGGAAAGCGGUGGAAGAUGCAAAGCAAUUUGACCCAGUCAAGGUCGUAGCACAGGUUCUGAUGUAUCCCUUCUUCACAGGAAGUGUUCCAACACACUCGGAAAUAAGGCUUGCGAACUCAUACUUCUACGACAAAUCCACAUGCUUACUUGCCUGGAGACUACUUUUAUCAGAGAAAGAGUUCAGCUUGGACCAUCCUGCUGCCAACCCCCUGGCCCCUGGCAGAGGAGGCCCCCCAUUGAAAUGCAUGCCCCCAACCUUGACAAUCGUUGCGGAACAUGACUGUAUGAGAGACAGAGCAAUUGCUUACUCCGAGGAACUCCGCAAGGUAAAUGUGGACGCGCCAGUCCUCGACUACAAAGAUACCGUCCAUGAGUUUGCAACACUCGAUGUGUUCCUUAAGACACCACAGGCCCAGGCCUGUGCUGAAGAUAUUGCCAUAUGGAUGAAGAAAUACAUAUCCCUGAGAGGGCACGAGUUCUCGUAUUAGCUGUAGCAAAAGGUCAGCGUUGUGAAAUAGAGUCUUUACGGGAAGCAUCGGUGCAUUCUUUUUCACCUGGUGAUGGGAGGCACUGCAAGUUAAAAGGCGAGGAACCAGUUAGGCGUAAUGUGAGUGCUGAGUACCUUUCCCCUUUAUUGAUGAUCCUUGUGGAAGAAUGUAGUGUGCAAAUUGUAGACUGAACUCAAAGACAGAUGCUCUUCCGCCUCAUAGAGCUCAAUUCUUUCA